CCUUGUCGACCGCGUGAGGGCGCCAUUCACCUUAUCAACAGACCAGACGUGUGUGGUGCAUUGUAACUGCGUUCAUAUUUUUCCGCAUUCAUCGUCCGACUUCAUACAAAGUGACCCGUUGUUUCCGUUAAAAAUGGAUGUGUUUCUCAUGAUAAGGCGGAAGAACUGGACCAUCUUCACGGAUGCCAAGGAGACGAGUACCGUCUACGAGCUCAAGCGCAUCAUAGAGGGCAUCAUCAAGAGAUCCCCGGAGGAUCAGAAACUCUUCAAGGAUAAAGAGGAACUGGAUAACACCAAGACGUUGGCAGACUGCGGACUGACGAGCAACACGGCUAAAGCACAGGCCCCGGCAAUGCUGGGAUUAGCCUGCAAACUAGAUGGUGACACAGACGAGUUUGAGACGCUAGACUUGCAAGCAUACUCCAACCCUCCUGAGCUCCCAGAUGUCAUGAAAUCCUCCGAACCCUCCACAACAAAUACAGUGGAACCUCCUGUAUCAUAGACUAAUAAGUAGCAUGUCCACACCAUUAUGCUUAUGUACAUGUACGUGCACGUGUAAUCAGAGAUUUCCCACUAACCCCUACUAAGUAGGCAAAGGUCUUAGCAAAUGAAGUUCUAUUUUCAAAGUGUACCUCCUAAUGUACAUGCAAACUGGUACAAAAGAUGUCAAAAGAUUGAUUUGUGAAAAAGAACUAACCAACCCUCCCACAUCUGUCAAAAUUUUCCAGGAGGUUUUUGGAGGAUUUUGUAGGAUUGAGGAAGGUAGAAUCCAGCUACUGUUACUUUACUCGAUGUACCUUAAAAGUUUCAAGUACAAAAUGAUGUGCCAUUUGGUGCCUUCACAGUGGAGGAUUUGGGAGGAUUCAGGAAGUUUCUACAAAAUUGUACAAAUCUUCUAAGUUUGCUACAAAUCUUCCUGAAUCCUACAAAACUGUGUUGAAAAACAAUGGCACAUUCUCUGGACUUGAAACUUGCUACAUACAUCAACCCACAUGUAAAGUAAUGGUGGCUUUGCUCAACCACCCUCAAUUUUUACAAAAUCGUCCUGAAAUGAAAUUUGAAAGAACUGAAACACAUGCCAACAUUCACCUUUCGAAGUAAACGCUAUGAUAUAUGCUCCACUAAUAGUUAAAAUAGAAUUUCCCGUAUAAAUACUUAAAUGUUCAGAAAUGUAUAAAUGUAUUUCAGAGUAGUGUAUCCCUAGCACCGACUUUGCCUAAAUCCUAAUUUAAAAUGUAAAAUUUGCACAACUUACCUAUUACAUACUCUUCCUAUUAACCAUGCGGUUUUGUACAGGGAGUGAACAGUUUCAUUGUAAUGGUUGCCUGAUUUCUGUACUUGUAAAAAAUGAAGACUUUUUUUAUAUUGCUUCUCAAACAUGUUGAUCCUCACACCGUUUAAAAAAAAAAUGUUGUUGUGUUUUGCCUUGAAGCUGUUAUUGAAAAGUGCAUUCUAAGUUUAAGAUAGGUGGCUAGUGCGUAAAGCGUGCUCAUCACUGUGGCCCGGGUUCGAUUCCUGGCUCGGACCAAAUGUGAGUAGAGUUGUUCGUUGAUUCUCUCCUGUGCCACGAGGGUUUUUUUUUUUCUCUGGGCUCUCUGGUUCUCCUUCCUCUGCCAAAAAUCAACACCUUCGGUCUGGCUGUGCUCCUUGAUGAGACAUGAGUCAUGUUGCGGCUGCCCAUUAAAGGCGCCUUUACAUACCUUCGGCUGGACCAAUUCAGCUUCUCAAUUGUGAGUAAGUAUGAUUAGCCCCCCAAAUUAUUAUUAUUAUUAUUGUUAUUGUAAGACUAGGAGUUUAUUUAUUCAUAUUUUUCAUUCAUAAGUCAAACCUGCAUUUCACUAUCAAAUAAAUAGUUACACCAAUUCAAAUCA